AAAAUUCCUGCAGGUCACUUAAGAAAAAACAACUGUCCCUGUUUCCUCCUUCAGUGUUUUUACAGUUGACUGCAGAGAGAUGGGAACAAUACGCCCGGAGCAGAAUGCUCGUCCUUGGCUCUGCCUCCUCCUCCUGCUGGGCUUCUUGGUGUCCACUUCAGCAGCCUGGGACCUGGUUGUACUCCACACCAAUGAUGUUCAUGCUCGAGUGGAGGAGACCAGCGAGCAAUCCGGGAAAUGCAGCAGCAGCAGUGGGUGUUUUGCCGGGGUGGCCCGGAGAGCCACGAUGAUCAAGAGGAUCCGCAACAACGAGAGCAACGUGCUGCUGCUGGACGCUGGAGACCAGUUCCAGGGGACUAUCUGGUUCAACCACUACAAGGGAGCCGAGGCUGCGUAUUUUAUGAACGAACUGAAGUAUGAUUGCAUGGCUUUUGGAAAUCACGAGUUUGAUAAUGGAGUGGAGGGACUCAUGAGACCGUUCUUAGAGCAGAUCAAUUUUACGGUUCUCAGCGCCAACAUCAAAACAGACAAAACUCUGGCCUCAACGUUUGGCAGCUCUUAUUUACCUCAUAAGAUCCUUACUGUUGGCAGCGAGAAGGUGGGAGUGAUUGGAUACACAACACAGGAGACUCCUGUAGUGUCAACACCUGGACCACACUUGCAGUUUGAGGACGAGGUGACUUCCGUGCAGCUGCAGGUGGUUGAACUGCAGAAGCAGGGAGUCAAUAAGAUCAUUGCACUGGGUCACUCAGGCAUUGAUGUGGAUAAGGAGAUCGCCAAGAAGGUCAGCGGAGUCGACCUUGUCAUCGGUGGACACAGCGACACUUUCCUCUAUACAGGAUCCCCUCCCUCUACUGAAGUCCCUGCUGGUUCUUAUCCACUCAUGGUGCAAUCAGACGAUGGACGGCAGGUUCCUGUUGUGCAGGCCUAUGCCUUUGGAAAAUAUCUGGGUAAUCUGAAGGUGACCUUUGACAAUGCUGGGAAUGUGGUAAAUGCCACAGGAAACCCCAUCCUGCUGGACAGCAGCAUCCCACAGGAUCCAGAAGUUCUUGCCGACGUGGAGGAAUGGAAAAAGGGUCUGGCCAACUACUCAACUCAGGUGGUGGGAAACACUCUGGUCUUCCUGAACGCGUCACGUGAGGAGUGUCGAUUUGGGGAAUGCAACAUUGGAAACUUGAUCUGUGAUGCCAUGGUCGACAACAACAUCAGGUUCUCAGACAGUGUUCAGUGGAACCACGUCAGUGCCAGCAUCUUCAACGCAGGAGGCAUUCGCAAGUCUAUUGAUGAACAUACCAGGAACGGUUCAAUCACCAUGGAGGACCUGAUCGCUGUCUUACCUUUUGGAGGGACUAUGGACCUGCUGGAGCUGAAGGGAUCGACAUUGUUUAAAAUCUUUGAACACUCAUUGAAACGAUAUGGCCAGAGCAAAGGAGAGUUCCUCCAAGUAUCAGGAAUUCAAUUCGAGUUUGACCCCUCUAAACCAGAGGGGAAUCGUGUGAUGAGCCUCAGCAUCCUCUGCGUGCAGUGUCGAGUUCCUCGCUACGAGCCUGUUCAACCGGAGACGGUUUAUAAAGUGGUGAUGCCAUCCUUCAUAGCGCAGGGUGGAGAUAAAUACUCCAUGAUCCCAGAUGAGAGGCUCAACCACGACACAGGGAAUUUGGACAUCGCAGUCCUGUCUGAAUACAUCAUGAAAAACCAGAAACUUUAUACGCCUCUUCAAGGACGCAUUAAGGUCCUCAACUCAACUUCUGGACAAACUACUUCACUGAGCAACUCAACUUCUGGACAGACCACUCCUCUCAACUCAACCUCUGGACAGACCACUCAACUCAGCAGCUCGGCUCUUGCACAAACCACUCCACUGGUUAUUCUGGUCUCACUUGGGCUGCUGUGGUCUCUGUGUGGGAGCAUGGAGGGCUGACUUUAACCAGAAACACAACUUAAACUCUUUCUCUCCUAGUGGAGCACAGGUCAUCCACAAUUCUUCCCCAGUCCUCUCUGUUUUGGGACACUUUCUGCAGUUCCAAUUUUACGUCACUUUCUUGGCCUCUAUGUCUGGUGACCUCCAUUUGUUUCUGGGUCUUCCUUGUUUUCUCUUCCCUUGUGCAUUUCGUAUUAGAGCCUGUCUGGUUUCAUUGAUUUUGGGCUUCCUUAGGGUGUGUCCGAUCCAACCCAACUUCCCUUUCCUUAUGUGGGUGUUCUCUCUUGGUGUGUUUCCUCCCACACAUCUUUAUUUCUGAUGGUGUUUGGCCAAUGUAUCUUCUCGAUGGUUCUUAGGCACUUUGUGAUAAAGGUCUGGACUUUGUUGGUGGAGGAUUUUGUUCUGAACCAUGGAGCAGCACUGAUUGAACAUUGGUGAGUUUGGUGAGAUGGGCCUCAGUGUAACAAAAGCUGUUCUAAACCUUCCAAAUUGGGCUUGAAUGUCUGCAUCUGUCCAUCUAUCCUUGCCCACAACACCUUUGAGUUAGGUGAAGUUGGUAACGUCUUCUAGCUCUGCUCCAGUCAGAUGGAGUCAUUGCUGGUGUUGUUGGUGUGCAUUACUCUGGUGUUGUCUGUGUUGAUGGUGAGGCCUUUCUUGGCAGAUGUUGUUGCUAGCAGGUCUGUCUUUGCUUGCAUCUGUGGGUGGGUGGAUCAUGUUAAGGCUGUGUCAUCUGCAAAGUCCAGAUCAUCGAGCUGGGACCACAGCAUCCACUGUAUUCCACAUCUCAUGAUCCAAUCCACUGCCAGGAGAAAGGGCAAGGGGGACAGCAGGCAGUCUGAUGCCAGUGGCCAUGGAAAAGGUUCUGUGAGGCUGCCGUUUUGCACCGCUCUACAUGAUGAGUGUUGGUUCAUUGUCUGAUGAACUUUGGUGUAUGCCAUGAUGUCCCAUGAGAGCCCAAAGGGGGUUUAGGUCCAGGCUGUCAGAGGCUUUCUUAAGGUCUGUUACUGUGAUGUAAAGAGCUGUGUCCCAGAAACAAAAGAGGACAGAAACUGGACAUGAACUUGAAGAACUAACAGGACCAGUGAAUGAAGUUCUAAUGGGACGAAAUAUCUUACUUCACAAAAAUAAUAUUUUAUUUUUUUACAGAAGUAGUUAAGGUCUUAGAUUAUAAAUAGUACUAGUUCUAAUGUUUCUUUGCUUGCAGUUUGAAAAAUAUUGAUGCAUCACAAAGGUUGUACGGCUUUAAAACAAAUAUGGUUUGAGUUCUGUUAGCUUGA